CCCGCGCUUUUGUAGCUAUAAGCUCGCGUUCGAACCGACACAGGCCGUUUGAACGCACGCGAAUGAGAAUAUUCGUUGAAUUAACCGUAAAAGAGCUGCUACAUUAAAAUAUACUUGGUGGAAAUCCUGAGAGGAACGGUACGGGAACCGCUUCUUUUUACCCUCAACGCGUCUUGCGGUGUUUCCUCGCCUGUGUGCAACAAAAUUGCUUGAGCAGCUAGCACGGAACAUUCAACGAUGGAAGUACAAAUGCCAGAGACGGACACGGCUGGUUGGCAGAUUUAUAGUGCGGUGAAACAACCGUCUAUGAAGGUGGGGAAUACACGGAGUCACGGAGGUUUCAUGAAAACUGAAGCAGCGGACACUAUCGAUAUCAUCUUCGAGAAUAUCACGUACACGGUGUCGCUUGGCUGUAGAAAAGGUCAAAAGGAGAUAUUACACGGAAUCAAUGGAAGGCUUCCAGCGAAACAGUUAAUCGCCUUAAUGGGCCCAUCCGGGGCAGGGAAGUCAACCUUGUUGGAUAUCCUGUCGGGAUUCAGGAUAACCGGCGUGAAUGGGAACGUGUACAUAAACGGACGACUUCGACAGAUGAAUUCUUUUCGAAAAUGCAGUGCCUACAUUACGCAGGAUGACCGUUUAGAACCACUGUUAACGGUCAUCGAAAACAUGAAGGUUGCCGCUGACCUCAAGCUUCCCACGAAUACUUCCAGAUACGAAAAGGAAACGAUAAUUGAAGAAAUUCUUACUACUUUGGGUUUGUACGAUCAUAUGACCACGCGAACGGAAAGAUUAAGCGGCGGUCAAAGGAAGAGACUGUCUAUUGCCUUGGAGUUAGUUAAUAAUCCAACCGUUAUGUUUCUCGACGAACCAACGACGGGUCUUGACAGUUCAUCGUGUAUGCAAGUGGUGAACUUGCUGAAACUACUCGCACGGCAAGGAAGAACAAUUGUUUGUACUAUUCAUCAGCCUAGCGCCUCUUUGUUCCAGCUGUUUGAUCUGGUUUAUGUACUAGCAAAAGGAGAAUGUUUGUUCCACGGUGCAACUAACCAAUUAAUACCUUAUUUGGAGAACAUUAAAUUACCAUGCCCUAUGUACCACAAUCCAGCAGAUUAUAUAAUUGAAUUGGCUUGCGGCGAGUAUGGAGAGGAUAAGCUAUCGUUAUUAAUAUCAGGCUCGGAAAAUGGCAAAAAUUUGCAAUGGUUUGAGAAUCCUGACAAUCUAAUAGAUGCGAAAGGCUUAAGAGCAUUACAUCCCCUUAGAAAAAGCACAAAUUCAUGUGGUACAAAAAGCCUGCAAGCGACUUCGUUGAUGCAUCAGAUAAAAAUUUUAAUGGGAAGGGGCUAUGUAAUGUGUAAGAGAGACACUACGCUAACACACUUACGAAUCCUAGUCAACAUAUCCGUGGGCUUUAUGCUCGGGUCGGUCUUCCUUAAAACUGGCACGGACGGUGGUAAAGUUUUAGAUAAUUAUAAUCUUCUGUUUUCCAUUCUCAUACAUCACAUGACGACCACAAUGAUGCUCACGGUAGUUACUUUUCCAAUGCAGAUGAGCAUCCUAUCGAAAGAACACUUCAAUAGAUGGUACAGUUUAAAAGCGUUUUACACGGCCAUAACGUUAGUGGACUUGCCAAUUUCGAUAUUCUGCUGUCUAGUUUUUACUUUGAUAGUAUAUUUCAUCACGUCUCAGCCGUUAGAGAUCGCACGAUUUCUCAUGUUUUUCUCGAUUAGCUUGUUAGUAUCUUUUAUAGGUCAAGGGACUGGUCUUAUGAUUGGAGCAGUAUUUGAUGUAGUGAAUGGAACCUUCAUAGGACCAACUUUGUCUGUACCGUUAAUGAUGUUUGCCGGAUUUGGCGUCUCAUUACGUGAUAUACCAAGUUAUCUGAAAUGGGGUACAUAUGUUAGUUUCUUGCGAUAUGGUUUGGAAGGAUUCAUCAGUGCUAUAUAUGGAUACGAUCGACCAGUAUUAGCUUGCAAAGAAAAGAACAACCUGUAUUGCCAUUACAGAUAUCCAACGAAAUUUCUUUCUGAUAUUGCUAUGGACGGUGAACAGUUUUGGAAUGAUAUCGUGGCCCUGAUCACGAUACUUAUCAUAACGCGGCUCGCCGCUUAUCUUCUCCUUAGGUGGAAAAUUGUAUCCGUACGAUAA